GUGACUACUGAAAACACCUCCAUCAAAAUAAAUAAUCUGACUCCCGGAGCACAGUACACAUUCAGAGUGUUUGCAGUUGCAGCUGAUCAUGUGACCGAGGGGAGAGGCAAUCAGAUUUCACUGUAUACCAAGCCAGAUGUGAUCAGGAAUCUCAGAGUGACCAACAUCACAACCUCAUCUCUGUUACUGACAUGGGAAGAACCAGCCGGAAAUAGAUCUUUCUUUAAACUUCAGUGGACUGAUAAUAAAACAAGUGGUAAUUCAACAGAAACUAUUAACACUUCCUAUCACAUCACUGGUCUGACUGCUGCAGUAAAUUAUACAUUCUGCAUCACUGCUGUUACUGGAGAUAAAUCAACAGGAGGAGAAACUGUCUGCAGAUCACAAUUUACCAAGCCAAAUGUGAUCCGGAAUUUCAGAGUGACUGACUACACAACCUCAUCUGUGUUUCUGACAUGGGAUGAACCAUUUGAAAAUAGAUCUUUCUUUAAAAUUAAUUGGACUGAUGAGAAAACAAACAGAAAUUCAAUAGAAACUAGUAACACUCUCUAUAACAUCACUGGUCUCACUGCUGGAGUCAAUUACACAUUCUGCAUCACUGCUGUGACAGCAGAUAAAUCAAAAGGAGAAACUUCCUGCAUCUCAAAAUAUACCAAGCCAGAUGUGAUCAGGAAUCUCAAAGUGACUGAAAUCACAAUAUCAUCUGUGUUUCUGACAUGGGAUGAACCAUUUGGAAAUAGAGAUUUUUUUAGAAUUGAAUGGACUAAGAAAAGUAUGCUUGAAAGAACUGGUGAAACGAAUGGAAAUUCAACAGAAACUACUAACAAUUCCUCUCUCAUCACUGGUCUGACUGCUGGAGUCAAUUACACAUUCUGCAUCUCUGCUGUGACAGCAGAUAAAUCAACAAAAGGAGAAACUCAUUGCAUCUCACAAUUUACCAAUUCCACAGAUUCUAACUCAAAGUCUAACAUUGGGCUGAUUGUUGGUGUCGUUUUGGCAGUGAUCUGUUUUCUCUUCAUCAUCACUCUCAUUCUCUUCUUCUAUUCAAGAAGACAAACCAAAAAACAAUGUCCUGACAUCCCUGUACACACCAUUAGCGAUAAAAUUAAUAUUGCUUUGAGAAUAGAAGAUUAUGAAGAGUACUUUAAGCGGAAACAUGCAGAUUCCAACUGUGGUUUUGCUGAAGAGUAUGAGGAGUUGAAAACUGUUGGAACGGCACAGUCAAAGAACACCGCCCUGGCUAUUGAAAACAAGGCGAAGAACCGUUACAGCAAUGUGUUACCUUAUGAUGCUUCAAGAGUGAAGUUGUCAAUGUGUGGCAGUCCCUUUGAUGACUACAUCAAUGCCAACUACAUCCCAGGCUACAAUUCAAGAAAGGAGUUUAUAGCAGCUCAGGGUCCGUUACCCGUCACAGUGAAUGAAUUCUGGAGAAUGGUCUGGGAGAAGAACGGCUACACCAUAGUGAUGCUAACCAAAUGCAAUGAGAUGGGACGAGUGAAAUGUGAGAAGUACUGGCCAUCUGGGACUAAUCAUUAUCAUAACAUCUCUGUGACGACCACCUCAGAGAUCGAACUGGAGAGUUGGACAAUAAGAGACUUUAGAAUCAAAAAUGUGAAAACAGCAGAAUCUCGCUAUGUACGCCAGUUCCACUUUACGGCAUGGCCAGAUCAUGGAGUUCCACAGACCACUGAAGUCCUCAUUGACUUCAGACACCUGGUGAGAGAACACAUGGAGCAGUACUCACGUCACUCGCCAACUGUGGUGCACUGCAGUGCCGGUGUGGGUAGAACGGGGACCUUCAUUGCCAUUGACCACCUGAUCUUACAGAUUGAAAGAGACAGCAUGGUGGACAUCUACGGAAUCGUUAAUGAUAUGCGCAUGCACAGGCCUCUUAUGGUGCAGACUGAGGAGCAAUAUGUUUACCUCCACCAGUGUGCAUAUGACAUAAUUCGAUCAAGAACUGGAACCAAUGUGGACUUAAUUUACCAGAACGCAGCAGCACUCAGUAUCUAUCAGAAUGUAAACUAUCAAAAAUCGUAAAUGUACAUGACCUCAAGAUGGCACUUGUCAAACAAUCAGAGAAAUUUAAGACUGCAUUAAUCGCAUUUUAAGUUUCACAUAUACAUAUGUAUGUCCUUUACAUAUAGCUGGAUAUACCUUUGAGUAAUAUUUUAAUUUUAAUGAAUACAUUUAAAAGAUUACACUGGAAAAAAUG